CCAAGAUGCUAAUUAGGGAUUUUUUUUGUUUCAUUAAGAUCUGCAAUCAGCAAACUUAAUGUGUGAAGUAGUGUCUUUUCCUUAGUGUAUUUGCCAUUGGAUAUCUACUCCUACUACAAUAACUAGUUGGUUUCUAGUAUUACACAGCCUUUCAACCGUUUCUUUCUUUUUGUUUUUAUUAGUUGGCAAGCUAGGUUAUUUCGGUAAUUAAUAAGCCUCUAGUAUGUCUCUGUACAUUGUUGGAUCUCUUUCCUUAUGGUUCGUAUUUGCAAAUUGUCAUUUAGCUUGUUAUUUGUGACAAAACAUGGGGGAUCUGACAUGGUUCUCAAGAUAAUGUUUUGGAAUCGUUGUAAUAUGUUGAUAUUUAAGUCACUAGCACUUCCCCAGAGCUGAAUGCCAUACAUGCAACCCGGCUUCAGAAUGCUUUUAUAAAGUUGCAAUUUGUUGUCAAUAGACAUUAUAGUAUUGCAUCCCAUCAACCUGUACAGGUUUCUAUAUAUGAGUUUGAGCUCAUCUCUUUCUGUUUUUAUAUGGGUUUUAAAUGUAAGUCGUCGAUCCAAGUGCAUGCCAAAGUACCUUACGGAAUCAUUAUGUUUGAGUGCAUUACUGCCAAGGCGAACUGGUGGGCAGUUGUCCCCUCUCAGUGUGAAGGUAAUAUGUACAGAUUUUUCAUCUCUAGCUUUUAUCCGCCAUUUGUUUAGCCAGGUAUUUACUUCAUCUAGUUCUUUCUGAAGCAUUGCUGAAGCUAAAACUGGGCUGUCAUUCUUUGCCAAAAUGGCUGUAAUGUCAGUGUAGGUGUCCAUUGUAGUUAGUGGCACUUCCAGUAGAUUCGUAGUAUAUAUCUUGUAAAGUAUGGAGCCAAUGAUUGAUCCCUGGCGCACUCCCGCUUUUAUCUCAUAGAAUGGCGAUGUGAAAUAUGUUGAAGUAAUACUUCUUGGACAAUUGAUUAGUAAUGAUUUAGUGAUCUCUAUGGAUUUAAACUAAAAUAGACAGACAUUAGAAUUUCAUAAAAGAAGAAGAUAGUUUUGUUUUAUAUACUUUUAUCAAUUUAUUAAUAUUAAUUUUAUCUUCUAUUACUAUUUGAUUCUUUUACAAACUUCCAAACUUCAAACUACAAGAAAGUCUGAGCUUCCACAUAACAGAGAAACUGGGUAUGACUGGGUGAAUAUUUUUGAUUUUUACUCUUAAUUGUCUCGCACGACAUUUAAUAAUAAAGAAAUGGAACUUCAGAAUCAAUUUCAAGAAAAAAAAAUACUCCUCAAUUCUCGUAAGUCUAUGAAAGCCGAUUUUCAGCCUUCUGUGGCCACAUUUGAAACGCGACACAUUUAAUGCACUCAUCUAAUGCCUGUAAGCACGCACACCAAGGACACAUUUGUAGCGGGUGCAUUUAGUAACGAGACGAAAGCAAAAAUGUAGCGUGUAUAUUGUGGCAAGGUUAAUGUUGCGUGCAUGUAACCUGUGGCUCCGGUGUGCGGCUUUUCUUAAAGACUAACGAAAGUAUUUCAUAUUAGCACAGAUUAUUUAUUUCAGGUCCAAAAUGGAUGAUGAAAUUGAUAUUGAAGAGCAUGAUGUACUGGACCAUCCUGCCAUCAAGAGCAUAUUUCCAGAUCUUUCCAUUAUAAAGAAAGAAAUUUCAUCAUAUGAAGAACAAGAAUUAAAUAAAAAGUCUAAUCCAGGAGUAACUUUGGCAAGCUCUCAAGCCACAUUUGUAGAGGACAGUCAAAAUGCUACUUGCUCAGAUAGUGAUAAUAAAAAUUCCGACAAUGAUGUUAAUAUUAGUGAAGAAAUCCAACAACAAGCAAAAUUAUUUUUUGGAAAGAAAGAGACUAUAUUUAAUAAUAAAAACUCUAAAGAUACAAUAGCAGAAGCCAGUAAAAAAGCGUGUUGCUCAGAUUCCGGUGGUAUAUCGUCUGAGGGUGAGCAAAAAAAUACUGAAGAAAUCUUCCAAAAAUCAACAAAAUUAUCGUUUGUAAACGAAAAUACUAUAUUACAAAGUAAAAACUCCCAACCUAUAACAGAAGAAAGCAGUAAAUUUGCAACUAGCUCAGAUUCAGAAGAUGUAGGAUCUGAAGAUGAGAUAAAAAGUAUUGAAGAAAUCCAACAAACACAUAGAUUAUCAUUUGAUGAAGAAAAACUUAUAUUUCGCAAUAAAAUCAUUCUUGGUUCCAAACCUACAUUGAAACCAAGUAAUGAAGAAAAUCAUUUUGAACAAAAUAUUAAACCAUAUUUAGCCAACAUUUAUUUAGACGAUAUUGGUUCAUAUUUGGAGAAAAGUGGAAGAUUUUGUGCAAUUUGUUGCAUAUUGUUUCCUCAUAAAGGAAAUCUCGAUACACAUACAAUUACUUGUCAUGAAAUGAGUAGCAAAUCUAAAUAUACAUCUAGUAAAUCAUUAAAGCCUGCCAAUAAAAAGUCAAUUCAUAAGUGUGAAAUAUGCUCCCAAACUUUUACAAUGUCAUCGAACUUGAUGAAACAUAUGAGAAAUAUUCAUAUGCAGAAGUCUCAAAUAACCUUUAAGCCACCAACAGAUAGAAAAUUACGUCAGAAAUCUAGAUUAGCAGAUUCAUUUGUUCUUCAUAAAAGUAAAUCGCUUUCUAAUAGUAAAUGUUUUCACUGUAAAAAAAUCUUUUCAUCACAAAAAAAUCUCAUAGAACAUAUAUAUAAAGUGUUACAAUCAACAAAAAUUUCCCAGAAAACUCAAUUAAAAUUCAUGACAAAUAAAACUAUUAAAAGAGCCAUGACCACUACGAAGCAAAAUGAUAAUUUGCCAUAUGAAAAGCAAAAUACUGGGAAUACUCAAGACACUAAUUUACAUUAUAAGUGUUACUAUUGUUCAUUUUAUUUUAAUGAAAAAAAGGUUUUUAUUAAUCAUUUGUCUAACAAACAUAAAGAUAGAGAGGUAACGACAACAAACAAAGUUAAAUUUGAUCCUAACUGCAGAUUUUGUUUUGCUAUAAGUAGUACCAUUAAUACAUAUAAUGUUCAUUUACAACAAUAUCAUAAAGAUAUGGUUAAUGAGACCUUUAAAAUACAACCUAAACUCUAUUUAACGAAAGUAGAAUUAAUUUUAGCUGGAAAACGAACUGGUACAGCAAAACUUCAAGAUGGUAUUCAGAUAAAUGAUAGUAAUCAAAGCCAACAAAGUGUUCAAUGUUCUUCUAAAAGUAAUGUUAAUGCCCCUAAUACUAUUGCAGCUGAUUCUUCAUCUGAUGUAGAGAAAAUCCAAAGAAAGCGUAAUGCAAGUGCAAGUCUGACUCGAUAUAAAAAGAAGUUAAAAGUAGAUGAAGACGCCCACGAAAAGAGUAUACACCAAGAAGCACUAAAUCUAAUAGAUUCCCUGGUUUUAAAAGGAAUACUAUUCAAAUGCAAACGGUGUGAUAUAAAUUUCUUAUCAAAUAGGUGUGCAAUGAAUCAUUCAGAGCAUAUGGAAUUCUUGAUUAAUUGGAAAUGCCAUAUUUGUCUCAAAAUCUUUAAAAAACAUGAUGAAAUAUUCCAUAAAAAACAACACAGUUUUUCUAAUGAAUUUGUUGUAUAUGAGUUAAGCGAAUCAAAAUUAUCCAGAGUGUUGUAUAAAUGUCCAAAGUGUGCUAUUCACUUUGAUGACAAUAAAUAUGCUUUUCAUUACAUGCAUUGUGGUAAAAUAGUAACAGAAUCCAUUUAUUGUAAUCCAUGUGAUAUUUUAUUAGAGAAAAGUGUAAUGCAGGAUCAUGAAUAUGAACACAAAUUCAAUAAUCAAUCUUUAUCUGAUUUCACUAUCAUCACUUCUGAUGUCAUUGAUAGCACUACAAUAACAGUUACCAAUAAAAUAAUUAAAAGAGAGAUUAAAUCUUUUCGUGAAAAACGCAAACCGUCAGUGAAUAGCAAUAAAAGUUUAGAUACACUGAAUAUGAAUUAUUGCGUUACAUGUAAAUGUUUUAUAAGUCAUAAUUAUUUACGUACUGUACAUAAAGAAGGUCGUUGUGCGCAUAUGAACAAACAUGUCUGCAAACAUUGUGGCUUAGUUGUGACUAUGCAAUCGAUGAAGUCACACAGAAAUAUGCAUAAAUUAGACAAAGAUUUGAAGUUACAGAAUUUUAAGUUUUAUGACGUAAGAAGCAAUAAACGAAUACUACCGCCUAUACCAGAAUAUCCAAAAUGUAAAAGUUGUGACGUGCGUUUUCUAUCUAAAGCUGCUGUCAUUAAUCAUGUGUGUCAAGAUAUAGACUUUUUAACUUGCCCUAUUUGUAAUAUCAAACUUUGUGAUGAUACCUUUAAACUUCAUGUAUCUUUUCACCACUAUUCUUUGAAACGCCGAAAUGAUAAUGUUCUCAAUAACAGGCGCAACACUAAUAGGCGCAUACUGAAUGAAAAUUCAAUAAUUAAAAGUGAAUCCAAAUCAAAUUACUCGAUCAAUAGCUGUAAAGCUGAAGAUACCUAUGAAGAAAACGUGGUUGAUAUUUCUGUACAGGAUUCAGGACGAAAUGUUGUAGAAACAAUGACACAUAAUCAGUUUGCUGGAUCUAAACAGAUUUAUGAUAAUAAACCUGUUGUGGCAUCCGGGAUAUCAAGUUCUAAAACAGACAAUUAUAAAAUUAUUUUAAAUCCAGAACGAAAAACAGAUUCAGAAUUACAUAAUGUGGUCUAUUCUUGUUCUUAUUGUUAUAUGACGCUUAUGACGUAUGACCAAGCUGUUGAACAUUGCCAAGAUCAUUACUAUGGUAUAGAUUUUAGUAAAAUCAUUCACAAAUGUACUGAAUGCAAGAUCAAAUAUGAUCAGAGGUUAAACGAUCAUCAUAAGUUGCAUCGUAUACGAGAUUUGCAAAAAACCUUUACAGUUCUAAAGUUUGAUGCUGUCUAUUUUGCUGUAGAUUAUAAGAUUUGGAGUGAAAACUUGUUUGGGAUAUUAGAACCAGAAACAAAGAAGACCAUAUUAAAUAAUUCUAUGUAUAAGUACGAAGGAAGAAUGAAACUCCAAGUUAUUCAAAAAGGAAUGACGGACUUGACAGUUUACAAAUGCAGUACAUGUCGAAUGUUUGUACAGCCACAUGCUAUAUUAAGUCACAUUGAAAAUUCGUGUUUCAGACUAAGGAAACACAUUUGCUCCUUUUGUGGUUUACCAUUCGUAUCACACGUGUUUUGCAUGGCUCAUGAAAAAAUUCACCAAUAUACUCCUAAUCUUACAGUUGAUUCGUUCAACAUUGUGGUUUUUAACCGGGAUAAAGAUAAAGAAUACAAUAAGAAAAUCAUCAAUAGUAGAAAUUAUUUCAUUUUAUAUCAGUGUCGGAAAUGUAAAGGCUUGUUUGAAAGAUUUCAAUCUCGUGAUCAUCACUGCAACAAUCAAAACUUGAAACAAUGUAAUAGGUGUGGCUUUCUUAUUUACAAUUCAGAAUUAAAGUCGCAUAUUGUAAAACAUGAUUUAUUAAACAGCUUUUUUCAUAAUAAUAUGAAAGUUAUUCGUUUUGGUAAAUCUGAUGAAUUAAACACUGUGUCUAGCGGUUUGCCAUUAAAAUUUAAUGGAAUUGUUAAAGAUUAUCACUUUUAUAGAUGUAUGAAAUGUGAUUUACACUUUAAAAAGUCCCAAACGAUAUCAGAACAUAACUGCGUAGACACAAAUUCCAAAGUUACUUGUUUUAAAUGUAACCUCACUAUUUUGAAAAAAGACAUUAAUCAACACUAUAAGAUACAUGAUAACGAUCCAUAUUUUGUAAAAGAAAACUUUGACGUGCUUCCAUAUAAAGGAUCAUAUAUGAAAUGUCCAGAUUCACCCUUGGAGGGAGCUAAAUUAAAUGAAGAUGUGUGUUUUAUAAAGGCUGAUGAAAUUGAGAAAAAAAUAUCAGCUAACAAAGAAACGAAUGCAAAUAGUAAUGAGGGCUUAAUAAAGGCUGAUGAUAGUGCAAAAAAAAUAUCAGCUAACAAAGAAAAGAAUGCAAUAAGUAAUGUGUUCUUAAUAAAAGCUGAUGAAAAUGAGAAAAUAAUAUCAGCUAACAAAGAAAUGAAUGAAAUUAGUGAUGUGUGCCUUAUAAAGGUUGAUGAUAGUGAGCAAAAAAUAUCAACUAACAAAGAAAAGAAUACAACCAGUAAUAUUUCAAGUGUCAAACUUGCUAAGAUAUAUAAGUGUGAUUGUGGUCAACAUUUCUUGGAUAAGGUAAGUAUUAAUUCGCAUUUUGGACACUGCAAGUCAAAAAUUCUCAAGCAAACUUGUUCAAAGUGUUCCCUUUUAUUCUCAUCAAAACAUUUAUUUGCUCAUUUAUUAAAACAUCACGGAGAUAAAAAAUAUUCAUAUAGAUUUGAUAUUAUUCCAAUGAAUAAAAAUAAGAGUAAAGUAAUAGAAAUUUAUAAUUGUUCGUUUUGUAAUUUACAUUUUGUAGAAUUUCCAAAAGCUAAAGAACACUUAUCAAUCUUUUCAAUUUGUCCGACUGCAGGAAGUGAAUGUAGUAAUUGCAAACUAUUUUUUGACGAUUCUUCUCUUAAAUUUCAUGAAAGUCGUCAUCAUGGUGAUGAUAUUGCCGAUUUUGAUAUAAUCGAUUUAAAACCUACCUCUGUCGACUCUGAUAAUGUCGAAAACGCUUCACUAGAUAAAGAUAUCCCAAACUUGACAUCGCAGCCAGAUGUUGUUACCGAAUCAAAUUAUAAUAUUUCGGGAGAAAAAUCACAAGUAAGCCUUGAUUGCUAUAGUAAUAAUAUUUUUAAAUGUAAUGAUUGCAAUUUACACUUUUUGACUGAGUACUCGUUUAAGAAUCAUAUUAAUAUGAAAAAACACGCAGCUUCCACUUCCAAACAAAAGGAAUGUGAACAAUGCGGUUUAAAUUUUUGUUUGCCUUCGUUGGCUAAACAUGUAUAUGUCCACCACAACCAAAUGAAACUUGAAUUAUCAAAAAUGAUUAUAAAAUCUGCUAGUGAUGAUUCUUAUGUUUGUAGUGCUUAGUUAAUAAAAUUUUAUUUUCUUUAUCAUAAGAAUAUGGUUGUAUGUAACAUGUUUUUAGGUUUAGUUAAGUACUAGUUAUUUCAUUGUGUUAGCUACUCGUUAUCUGUUUCGUGUUAUUUAGUUAUCUAAUAAACGGGAACUACACAAAUAUAAGUCAUUCUUUAUUAUUAAGUCUUAAAAAGUUGUAAGUUAUAGAAAAUAUCGAGCCCUUACCGCCAAAUUAUCGUAAGCGACACUCGCCAAAUUAUCGUAAGCGACACUUGUCAAAAUGCGUU